AGAGAGAGGGUAUGUGGGGGACGGGCCGAGGAGCUGAAAUGUGAGCCUCUCAUCUCUCUUGCUCUUCUUCGGCCGCGGCAAUCGCUAGCUCACAUACCCAACCUUCGACGCCGAUGACUUCACAGCCUCUCUCUGUCAUUUCCCUCUCUCCUCCUCUUUCACCCGUUCUAUCCUCCUCAUACUCCCCAUCGUCGUGGCGAGCUCACUGCGAUCGCUCCCCGCUCGCUUCUUCUUGCUCUCUUGGUAUCCACAUCCGCCAUGUCAUUCUCAAUAGAUCUCAACUCGCUGUCUCAGUGGCCGAUAUACUCCUUUAUCUCUCACUACCGCCUCGCCCUCCUGUUCUGGCUCCUGCCUACCCUCCUCUUCAGACUCCACUUCCUCAUCCUCACCCACAACUCCCUCACUCUCUCCGCCUUCGCCGCCUUCGUCUUCAUCUACCUCCCCAUCAGACUCAUAUCCACCGCAGUAAAGCGUCUACGACCGCCAAGACCCGGCCUCGAAUACCCCACCAGACGCCUCUCGUCCGACUCAAACGAGUCCACCGACGCCGCCUACUUCUUUGAAAAAGCCGCGCUCGAAAACCAAGCGCUCACAGAGUCGCCGAAAUACUAUCUCCCUGUCUCCUCCUCCCCGUCCUCCUCGCCCGCGCGCGGCCGCUCACGUCGCGGAUCGUCGCAGAACGGAACAGGUCUGUUUGACCGCUUCACGCUGCGCAAUGUGCUGUUGCUCAAUCUCAGCAUCGCGUACAUUUUGGUCGUCUACACGCUCGGUCUCGCGAGCCCGUUCCCAGGUGGCGACGCGUCGUCGCUGCCGUACGUGGCUGGCGUAGAUAGCGAGCAGCCUGGCGAGGCGUAUUUCAUCGCGGCGAACUUUUACAAUACGGAGAAGAUCAUGCCGCUGUGGACGGCGGAGAUGCUUCGGCUUAUCGAUGUGCUUGGAGAGAAAAAUGUCUACCUCUCGUUCACUGAGAACGACUCUCGCGACAACACAGCCUCGCAAUUACUCCACCUGACGCGCUACCUCUCGUACCGCAACAUCCCGCACUCGCUCAACAUCACCACCGCAAUCCACCCGCUCCCGCACAAAAACCCCUGGAUCGACACCCCGCACCGCAUCGAGUACAUGACCGAAGUGCGCAACACAGCCCUCGAGCCCCUGCGCGAGCUGUCGGGUACCGCCCUCGGCCGGCGCAUCGAGCGCAUUAUCUUUAUCAACGACGUGAUUUACCACCACACAGACGUGCUCAAACUCCUCGCCGCGAUCGAGGACCCCUCGACCUCAGUCGACCCGCUCUCGACUCCCGAGACACCGGCGGUGAUGGCCUGCGGCAUGGACAUGGAGGCAUCCACGCUCUACGACCAGUGGGCGCUGCGCGACCGCUGCGGAAACAGCGUCAACGGGCUGUACCCGUACUUCAGCGACCCGCGCGACCGAACGAUGGUCUCGCGAGGCGGCGUCGUCGAGGUCGGCACGUGCUGGAACGGCAUCGUCGCCAUGCACUCUGGCGCGUUCAUGUCCCCGCCGCGCGAGUACAUCCCGCGCCCUACCCCCGGCGCGAAGCGAUAUCUCGCCCCAGUCGACGACACGUCGUCCGCCGCCGUGCCGCUGCGGUUCCCGCAACCGCCGCAGUCCUGCAUCAUUUCGGAAUGCACGCUGCUCCCGCUCAGCCUGAUCAACAGCUACCGGCUUUCCUCCAACGGCGCCGUCUCGCCGCGGAUCGUAGUCGACACCUCGGUCGUCGUGGCAUACGACUACAAAUGGUGGUGGCUGUACGCGUACUUUUCGCGCACGCCCAUAAUCCAGACCUGGAUCACGCUCGUCGAGCGCCCGAUCCUGCGCGUGUGGGAGAGCUUCGGCUUCGCGGACCUGUUCAGCUGGAAAGAAUUAAAGGACGCGUGCUACCCGAGCGAUUGGACGCGCUGCAACGCCAACGAGCAGAAAUUCCUCACGCCGCCGGCAGACAACCCGCCGUUCCGCAAGAGCUCGGUCGACGCUGCUGCCGCGGCGGCCGCGCGCGAGAAAAUCGUGCUGAACUCGCCGAUGCCGGUGAAGACGAAGGCGGAGUUGCAGCGGAAACGGAGGAUAAGGAUCGAGGACCUCGAGAAGAAAAAAGCGGUCGAGUUGCGGCGGAUGAGGGAGAAGCUUGCUGAUGUGACGCUGUACUGAGAUUCUUGAUAGGUUUGGUUUGGUCUUUUUUUUUUUUGGGUUACUCUAUCGAGUCAGUUUUGGGUGUGUGUACUGUCAUUUUUUGUUAAAAAGUAGUCUUUGGUUUCUUUUUUUGUUCCGGUUGGUUUGCAUUCUUUCAUCAGGUUGGCGUAUAGACGAAUAGCACAUUAUUAUCAUCUUAAACAUCUACGUAUUCUAUUUCUCAAGAAUAGAACUUCGACUUACUCCAAGUAAAUAUAGACAGACGCGACGCGUUCAAGUCUUUUUAAUCAGAUGCCGCGAAAAGCUUCACUCUACAACCAAACAAACCACGAAACAAGACUGCGCCUACUCAAAG